AUGCACUCCCUUAACCAGGAAAUUAAAGCGUUCUCCCGGAAUAAUCUCAGGAAGCAAUGUACCAGGGUGACAACGCUAACUGGAAGGAAAAUUAUAGAAACAUGGAAAGAUGCCAGAAUUCAUGUUGUGGAAGAAGUAGAGCCGAGCAGUGGGGGUAGUUGUGGUUAUGUGCAGGACCUUAGCUUGGACCUGCAUGUUGGUGUUAUUAAGCCUUGGUUGCUCCUUGGGUCACAAGAUGCUGCUCACGAUCUGGAUACUCUGAAAAAGCACAAGGUGACACAUAUUCUCAAUGUUGCAUAUGGAGUUGAAAAUACUUUCCUCAGUGACUUUAUAUAUAAGAGUAUUUCUAUAUUGGAUCUGCCUGAAACCAAUAUCCUGUCUUAUUUUCCAGAAUGUUUUGAAUUUAUUGAACAAGCAAAAAUGAAGGAUGGCGUGGUUCUUGUUCAUUGUAAUGCAGGAGUUUCCAGGGCUGCUGCAAUUGUAAUAGGUUUCCUGAUGAAUUCUGAAGAAAUCUCGUUCAUCAGUGCUUUUUCUUUGGUGAAAAAUGCAAGGCCUUCCAUAUGUCCAAAUGCGGGCUUCAUGGAGCAGCUUCGUACAUACCAAGAGGGCAAGGAAAGCAAUGAGUGUGACAACAUACAGGAAUUAGAAAAGGGUGACAGUUCAUGA